AUGGGCAAACUGGUGGACACUCAACAGAUGUCUUUUAUCAAAGGCAGGCAAAUUAUGGAUGCUAUCCUCAUUGCUAAUGAGUGUGUAGAUGCUAGAAUGAAGAGCAAAGACCCUGGUAUUAUGUGUAAGCUGGACAUAGAGAAGGCAUAUGACCAUCUGAAUUGGGAGUUUUUGCCGGGAGUAUUACUGAAAAUGGGCUUUGAUGAUAGGUGGAUUAGUUGGAUCAAGUUCUGCAUCAGCACUGUUAAAUUUUCAAUUCUGAUAAACGGUUCACCUGUUGGUUUCUUCUCUUCUCAAAGAGCUAUAUCUGGAUUACACAUUAACUGGAAUAGGAGUUUCAUUUAUCCAAUUAAUGAAGUAAUGAAGAUACAUAGCUUGGUGAGUACUCUGGGAGGAAGAGUAGGAGUUCUGCCAACAGUUUAUCUGGGAAUGCCACUUGGAGCAAAAAGCAAAUCUAAAGGGAUAUGGAAUGGUGUAGUUGAUAAAUGUGAAAAGAAGCUAGUCAGCUGGAAGAGCCAAUAUCUAUACCUGGGAGGAAGAGUUACCCUAAUUAACAGUGUACUGGAUGCUAUGCCAACUUAUAUGAUGUCUUUAUUUCCUAUGCAUGCACCAGUGAAAAAAGCAAGAUUCACCAGAUGGGAUAUCCUUACAACAAGCAAGAAGGAAGGGGGUAAGGGGAUCAGGAACCUAAAAAUUCAGAACCAAGGUCUGAUGAUGAAGUGGCUACGGAGGUUUGCCACAGCAGAGCAAUCUUUGUGGAAGAAUGUAAUUGAGGGUAAACCUGUGGAGAUCCAUCAGAAAUCUAUGGCCGAAGUUCAGAAAAAGUCUAGCCUCAAAGUGGGUAAUGGUAUGAAAACCUCUUUUUGGGAAGACAAAUGGCUUGGACAAAGAAUAUUGAAGCAACUUUUUCCAGAUAUCUACAACCUGAACCAACAACAAGGGUCAUCUGUUGGAGAGCUGUAG